AUGUUUACUGCUACCAACAUUGUUCUCAAUAAUAUCAUUGAAGAUAGGACAACUUAUGCACAAAGAGGUGAGGCUUAUGGUGUUAGUAAAAUAUUAUUGUCAUUUGAAUUUGUUUUCACUUUGCAUUUGAUGAAAGAGAUUAUGGGAAUCACUAAUGUUCUUUGCCAAGCACUGCAACAACAAUCUCAAGAUAUUCUUAAUGCAAUGCAUAUUGUUUCUACAUCAAAGUUACUUCUUCAACAAUUAAGAGAUGGUGGAUGGUGCAACUUUCUUGCAAAUGUUAAAGAUUUUUGUGAAAAGCAUGAAAUUGAAGUCCCUAAUAUGAGUGCACAAUAUAUUUUUGGAAGAGGUCGAUCUCGUCAACCAAAUGUGACAGUUGAGCAUCAUUAUCGAAUAGAUGUAUUCUUGACAACAAUUGACUCUCAAAUACAAGAGUUGAAUAGUAGAUUUAGUGAGCAAACAAUAGAGCUUUUGACUUUGAGUUGUGCUUUGGAUCCUAAGGACAAUUUCAAAUCAUUUAAUAUUGAAGAAAUUAGCAAGUUAAUAGAGAAGUUUUAUCCCCUUGACUUUCUUUCUAAUGAGCUUAAUAUUUUGAAAUUUCAGUUGCAACAUUAUCAGCAUGAUAUACCAAAUCAUUUGAAAGGCAUUGAUGGAGGCCUACGAGUGCCCGAGGAGGCCGAGCUGCGGCGGAGGGCGGCGGAGGAGGAAGAAGAAGGAAUGAAAGGAGUGUGGAGAAGAGAAGAAGCUGAAGGAAGCGAUCGGAGUGAUGGACAAUGUGGUCAUGGAGAUGUUAGGGCAGAGGAGGAGGGAGAUAGCAACGACGAUGACGAGUCUUAA